AGUUUGUAUUAUUCCAUAAUUUGGGUUGGGCGUUGUUUACAUUCCAGUAGCGAGCUAAGUGCAUCAAUUAACUUCUAAUUUUAAGCCAAAAUCCCAAGUGCCUUACAAAAUGAAUCACCUGAAAUCGAUUCUCACUGUGCUAGUGUUUCUGGUUACGUUUGAACGAAGUACUGCCAUUUGGUGCUAUCGCUGCACGUCGGCCACACCCGGAUGCGGCGAGGAUUUCAACUGGCGUGGAAUCGGCUACCUGGGCGAUCCCUGCCCCGAGGAUGACGACAUCUGCGUCAAGGUGAUCGAAAGGAAGGGCGUGGUGCAAACCAUUACGCGCGAAUGUCUAAGUGCACUGAAGGGCUUCCGAACGGACCUUCCGGCGGACAAGUACGAGGGUUGUCGUCCGGCCGCCAAGGAUGAACAGUUGGCCCAUUAUGUGAACAAUUCCAUCAAGGAACUGGAUGUCAAGAGGGACCACUUCCCACAGACGUCGUUCUGUUUUUGCUUUUUGGAUCAUCGAUGCAACGGAACGGUGGGAUUGAGCGGAGUAUCAACGUGGAAGGUGGCACUUGCAGUGAUGGCUGUGGGAGCGGUGGUUCGGCGAUUGACAAUGUAGGAGGGAGUAUAUCGGUAGCGGUGAAAGGAGUUCAGGUACCAUUCCGUCCAUUUUAUACAGAAAAACGAAAAAGUAUUGAAUCGUAGUUAGAAUCUCUUCUGAAAACAUCGUCUCGACUAUUUUUUAUCUUCCUGAAUAUCAGGUAAAACUCAAAGUUCGAAAAAACGAAUAUUUUAAGUGAAGACAUAGUAAUAAAAUGUCUUAUUUUAAUACACAAUAAGAUUCUAAUCAAUUGU